UAACGUGAAUCUAGGGUUUCUAUUGUGUUCUUCUUUCUUCUACUGCAACUUUUAUCUAAAGGAAAGUUAUGUUUUGAUUUUUCUAUGUUUUAUGGGCAGUUUCUUUCUUCUUUAUCUCUUUCUUUGUGUUUUCUGACAUUAAAUCUAAAACGAAAUUAAGAUAUCUGUGUUUUCUUGCUUAUUAUCUAAAGGACAGAGUGUCUUUAAGUGUUUUUUUGGGGCUAAAAUCGAAGUUGGGUGUGUUGAAAACUGUUGGGUUUAUAAUUUAUUUGAAGGUUAAGUGUUGGGAAUCUCUAUUUCGGCCAAAAUCUGAUGAAAAUGGAAAUUCGACCUUUGUUUGUGCUAAAUCUUGUAGGAUAAUAUUAUUUGGUGGUUAAAGUUUGUUUUAAUUCGUUGCAUGUCGAGAAAAAGCUUGAAGAACUCAACAUUCUUUAUAUUCUGUGAUUUGAAAUCAGUGUUAGUGAAUUGGGUUUCUUACUCGAUUUUUUUGUUUCAGUUUGACAUUUUUUUUUAACUAAAAGGUGAAUGAUAUUUUCUGUUUCAAUAAGUUAUUUCAGCUUGUUCUUCUCUCUUAGCAGCAUUUCUCAUUAGCAAAAUGUAUCGUUUUGUAGCAAAUCUUGCUUCCAAAGCCAGAGUGGCAAGAACCAACACCCAACAAGUGAGUACUAUUUUGCAAGAUACUUUUUUUUUUGGUAUAGAUCAAGAAGAGCUGUAUUUUGGAUUGUCUGUUUAUAAAUGGUUUUUGUUGCAGAUUGGUGGAAGGUUAAAUUGGAGUAGAAGUUAUGCUGCAAAGGAUAUUAGAUUUGGUGUUGAAGCUCGAGCUGCAAUGCUUCAAGGUAUUGAAGAACUUGCCGAUGCUGUUAAACUCACUAUGGGUCCAAAGGUGAAUUUUUUAUCAACCCCAUUAGUGAAUACACUCUGUUUGUUACAUAGAUUGUUCAUAUAUUUAUAUGUAAACAAUUCAACCCCAUUAGUGAAUACACACUGUUUGUUACAUAGAUUGUUCAUAUAUUUAUAUGUAAACAAUGUUUAGUAUAAAAUAUUGUGACUUAUAGUACUUGUUAUGUUAUGUAGUUUCCAGAUAUGUAAAGUUCAAUUGUUUUGACCCUUGGAGGGAAUACUUGGUGCUCAAGUAAAACUCAUGCUAAGAAUCUAGUUUUGGUGAAAUGUUCUUGUUUUUAGCAAAUUACAGUCUUCUAUUUUCGUACAUGUGUACAUUAAAUGUUGUGUUGAUCUGAUGGU